GCGCACCCGCCACGUGACCUCGCGCCGGCCAACGGGCGCGCCAGGAUUUGGGGGAUAAAGCGCGGCCCCGCGAGCAGUUGCGGCGGGAGAGCGGCGUGCGGAGAGCGCGACUCGCCCGCCCCGGCGCUGCUCCUUCCCGCCGCGCCUUCCCGCCGCCGCGCAGCCAUGUCCGAGGAGAAGCCCAAGGAGGGCGUGAAGACGGAGAAUGACCACAUCAACCUGAAGGUGGCGGGGCAGGACGGCUCGGUGGUGCAGUUCAAGAUCAAGCGGCACACCCCGCUGAGCAAGCUGAUGAAGGCCUACUGCGAGAGGCAGGGUUUGUCGAUGAGACAGAUUAGAUUUAGGUUUGAUGGGCAACCGAUCAAUGAAACAGACACCCCCGCACAGCUGGAGAUGGAGGACGAGGACACCAUCGACGUGUUCCAGCAGCAGACCGGGGGCGUGCGGGCGACCAGCCGCCUGUUGGGUGUGGCCUCCAGAGGGACCGUCCCCGCGCCCGGUGCCCUUCCUCGCAUUGCUGAUGAGUAGUGGCCGUGAUCGCCAGCCACGGAGGAGUCUGCGGAAUCCCGAGGGCAUUCACCAAAACGAUUUCCUCUCCCACCCACUGGAGUGCAACUCAGAACUGUCUGCGGGGACGGAUCUGCACUUAAACUGGGCCAAUCAGAAUUGUUACCUUUGUUCAGGAGAAACGAGUUGCCGGGUUUUGGGGGUUUGUUAAUGUUUUCAUUUUCCUUUUUCCUCCCCUCCUAUAGCAUUUUUUACCCCAGAUUUGUGGCCUGAAUGUUCACUUUUAGUCCGUGGACAGGAACUUGCUCCGGUGUGGGCUGCCCCUCCACCGCCGGUUCCAGUCACACUGUGCUGUGCUCGCGUGCACGCGGCGUGGGUCUGCCGGGCAGGUGUCCUGGAGUGGUGGGGACGGAAGACAGAGCGUCACUGGCUAUUUGUUGUAGGCACAGAUUAUUAAAAUGCUACAUAUUGCAAAUUUAAGCUUUGUCAGCAUGUGAUAAAGUUGAGGAGGAAAUACUGGAAUGCUCCUUAAAAAGUAGAAAAUAACAGCCCUUUGGUAACGUGGCCUCACGUGCUCCCUGCUCCUGUGUGUCCUCUGGGGUCCGAGGCCCAGCCCCCAACUCCCCGGCAGUGCCUGGCAAGGGUUGGCACAACAAAAAUCAACUUUUCCCCUCUUCUUAAUAUAGAAGAAAGUAAUUCCCACAUUUCUCAUUUGGUGAUGGUGUUGUGGCCUCAGGUUUCUUCUAGUAUUUGCUUCUGAUGAAUAAUUAUGUUCUAUACAUAAAAAGGUAAGAUUAAGUAUUGCUGAAUUUUCAGUUACGUCAUUGUGUGAGGAGCUACUUGCAAGCCUGGUUCAAACCCAUGGGAGGGGGACCUCGCGCCUCACCCUUCUCGCAGGUCUGUGCCGUGCGGCUGUCCAAACACAUCCUGAACUUAUGCGUUACUGUGGUGAUCAGUCCUGUGAAAUUUGGGGGAUCUAUGCCAAUUAAAAAUGUUCCUAGUUCUGCCUGUUCUUUCGUAAGGACCCACUGCUGCUCAGUGGCCAUUCUCUGCCUUUUUUAUAGUCACCUGAACCAUGACCCCUCAUCUCUUGCUUGCUUGAAAUCUUGCUGAAAAUGUUCCUGGUUCCUCUGUGUGGGUUCGGGUGGGGUGUGUGUUAGCUCUGCUGUGUUUAUUCACAAUUUGUACAUUAUUUGUUGUCCUUUCCUACUGUACACAGUAAAUAUAGUUUGGUAUUCUG